GUCAAAAUUAUUCCCUACUCGAUUAACUUAAAUAGUUGUUUGUUGAUCAAACUUUGAAGCUUUACCAAAUAUUCCAUAAUACUCUAAUCUUCUAAUAAUUGAAAGUGUUGUCACCAACUUUACAUCCAUUUUCUAAACAACUCCUUUACAGCUGACGCGCGGAAUAAUAAUCAUAUAAAGGGACAUACUAAUUAACAACUCCUUUCCUCCAAAAAAAAAAAAAAAGAGUGAUUAACAACUCCAAUAUAAAAAAUGAGCUCUCUAACUCCUUGUGUGUGUGUGUAUAUAUAUAUAAGUAGAUUUUGCAUGUGGCAGUAGCAUCUUGAACCAAAGAAGCUAAGGCAUUGAUUUGAUUAGGAAGAAAUAGAAAAGAUGGGAAGAGAUGGAUUGAUGGUGGUGAUGAUAGCGAUGAUAAUAGUAGGAAUAGGAGGAGUAUCAGCGGCAGUUUAUACAGUUGGGGAUUCAUCUGGUUGGUCUGUGGGAGCUGACUACUCCACUUGGGCUACUGACAAAACCUUCAAAGUUGGCGACACCCUCGUAUUCAACUAUGCAUCUGGGCACACUCUGGAUGAAGUGAGUGCAAAUGACUACAAAACAUGUACGACCGGCAACGCCAUAACCUCAGACAGCAGCGGCGCCACCUCCAUUACCCUCAAGACCGCCGGCCCACGUUACUACAUUUGCGGCGUCCCCGGCCAUUGCGGCGGCGGAAUGAAGCUUGCUGUCACCGUAGCUGCCGCUUCACCCACCGAAGGCAGCAAGGCAUCACCGUCGGGAACCACCACCACUUCUCCACCAUCCACCACCACCACCACCACCGCACCUCCACUUUCGCCAACUGUCACCACGACUCCCACGUCUAGAGGCACCGCCACUGAACAACCCUCGUCCGCCGCAGCAUUUGCUCCAUCCGCGGCGCUGUUUUUGGCCUUUCUCUUUGCAGUCUUGAAUAUUGUGUAAUGCUACUCUAGCCAGGAUAGAGGCAGUGCCCCCCGCUUUAUUUCUCUCAAAUUUCGUCUAUUUGUCUUCUCUUUUUUAUGCACAUCUACUUGUACUGUCAAUUGCUUUGUAUUUAAUUAUAAUACAUUUAUCUAGUAUUUUACAAAUAGCUUUU